AUGUUGCUUUUCUUUAUUUUCUUAAAUGUUGUUUUAUCACAUCAGUCUGACUUUACUAUUCUCCCUUCUUCUCCAACAAUGCAUAUUUCAUAUGAUAUUAAAACAAGUGCAGUAAAAAGUGAGUCUUCAUUAAUUAUUGCCCAUUUUAAUUCUGGAUUUCCUUUACCAACACAUCUUAUUCCAAAAGAUGGUACACAACGAAUUCAAAUUGCAACAAAACGUCCUCAUGCUGUUGCUUAUAAUUUUUUCAGAAUAAAAGAAUAUUCUUCUCCAACUGAAAUGAACAUUUUCACAUUAAAUGGUAAUUAUUCUAAUCCACAUGAAAAAUUUAACGAAAUCAUGAAUGAUUUUGCAGGAAGAAGGUUUAAAGAAAUAGGUAAAUACGAUAGCUCAGUUAUAGAUUUAAUACAUUCAAAAUUAAUCAGUGUUGAAACAAAUGCCACAAAAGACACUGGAGAUUAUUAUUUUGUUGAAAUGGCAGGAGAACAAUCAUACUACAACUAUAAUUUUACUGAGAGUAUUCUUCAAGAAUAUAGAAAGAGGAAAGAAGGGAAAAGUAAAUACAUUGAAAUGUACAAUUAUUUAAUGGAUUCAUUAGAUGGUGUUAGAAAAGAAUGGGGAUUAGAUGAUAUUCAAACUAGUGAACGAAUAGAAAGUAUUGUUUCCUUCGAUUUUGUUAAUAAAGUUUUCAAUUACUCAGAAGUCAGUGUUAUAUUUAAUGAAACAAUGACUAUAAAAUAUCCAAAAAUUGAAGAAGAUCAUAUUCGAUUAUUAACAUAUUUAACAUCAUGUGGUACUGAUGUAAUGACAAAAGAACAUGUUUGUAAAUUUACUCGUCAUAGACCAGCAAAUGAAAAUGGGCAAGUUGUUACUACUCCUCAAAUUAAAAGAGAAUUACCAAAAGGUGCUUUUAUUCAACACCUUGAAUCUCCAAAAAAUAAUACACUCAAAAAUUAUAGUCUUGUAGUAAGUCCUUUAUUUAUGAAUGCAUCUUGUUUUCAUUGUUCUGUUUAUUAUUUAUACAAUUUACCUAAAGUUGUUUAUUUUAGUAAAGGUGAUUUAAAAAAGAUGACAAAACAAAAGUUUGAUAUGAGGGUUGUUUCAGAAUCACCAUCUUCUCGUUUCAUUCUUAUUCAAAGAAAUACAUCAUCAUUUAUUGAUUCAUUUUCAAUUCCGUUCCAUGUAGAACCAACACCCGUUUCUGAACCAUUUGAAAUUCAGAUUCCAUUAGUGUUCCAGAAAUGUCCAAUUCAUUGUAGUGAACAUUUCUUGUUAAAUCAUCUUCUUGAAUAUAAUAAGAAUGAUUCUUCUAUUCAUGAAGUUUAUGAAACUUCUAAAAUUAAUUCUAUCUUAUUUGGAUGUACUGACACUACAAUAAACCAAGUGUAUGAUCCUCAUUGUGAAAAACAAGUUGUAAAAGGAAAUACACCUAAAACUAUAACUUGGGUAGAUGAAUUGAUGAGAUAUAAAAAU